AUGUCAACUGCCCAAUCCGAGUCGUUCCCGUUUUUGAGACUUCCCACGGAGAUACGUUUACUUGUCUAUGAACACCUACCGCGUCAGGUCAAGCACACUGAAGUCUCUAUAGACGGUUUUGUCGCCAUCUUGGUCACACGGCACUUGCCCACAGCUAUACUACGUACUAGCAAGCUGAUUUGCGCAGAAGUCCGACCCAUUAUCCAAAGGCUGAUACAAGAGUUCAUUGAAGAAUCGCAAACGAAGAUCAUCGAAUUCAGCAAGAGUGGUUCCAAGAUGAGACAUUGCAAGAUACUGGAGUGCUUGACGACGCAAAUACCCAGAGAACGUAAUGCAGUGGAAGGCCUUGAAGACUACGACAUCCAAGCUAUUCUUAGACGAACACCAGAGACGAGAAAGCUUCAGUCUACGGACCCAGCAUUGUCGCCUAAUGUCGCUCGUUUCAUGCACCAAGCCGCCAGGUCAAGGUAUCGCUCUGCAGAGCUCACCCCUGCGUCUUCCGAGAAGUCUUGGAACAACACGGUCGUGACGGUGCACGUUACUCAUACCAAUUUCAAAGACGACGAUCAACUUUGGUUUGUUUGUGAGACCAAUCACAGACAUAUUCGGCAUAUGUAUCAUCAUGAAAAGAUGGCCCUGCUUCCGAAUCACAUCUGGAUCCUGGAUGGCGGCGAUGUACAAUUGGCAGAAGGUGCCACUUUGGAAUCGGCUACUGACACGGUUCCAAUUUUAUGGUCCGAUGGCUACGACCGGUGGGGUAACAGAACGCGGGGUGUGGAGGCAUCAUGGGGACCGGCCAUGAGUCAAGAGGACUGGGCCGCAAAUUGGCUACCUUCGUAA